UGAUAGAAUAUAUAUUUCUGGGGACUAGGAUUGAAAAUUGAACUCUUUUUCCAUCGUCCCUCACACAUAUAGAGCUUUCUGUCUUUUCACCAGAUUCUCCUCCUUAGCUCAUCUCUCGGCGCGAUCAGAUCUCGAAAAACACUAAAUCAUAUCGAAUCCACAACAUGACUCUUGGCGCUGGAGGAUCGAGUGUUGUUGUUCCAAGGAACUUUCGGUUGCUGGAGGAGCUUGAACGUGGGGAGAAAGGUAUUGGAGAUGGAACUGUGAGCUAUGGAAUGGAUGAUGGAGAUGACAUUUACAUGCGCUCUUGGACUGGCACCAUCAUCGCUCCUCACAACACUGUUCAUGAAGGUCGGAUCUAUCAGUUGAAGCUCUUUUGUGACAAAGAUUACCCUGAGAAACCUCCCACCGUCCGCUUCCAUUCACGUAUCAACAUGACUUGUGUCAACCAUGAAACAGGAGUGGUGGAACCUAAGAAGUUUGGGCUUCUUGCGAACUGGCAAAGGGAGUACACAAUGGAGACUAUACUAACACAGCUGAAGAAGGAGAUGUCUACGUCGCAUAACCGUAAGCUUGUUCAACCUCCAGAAGGCACUUGCUUCUAGUAGCUCUUGGUUUGUUCAAAAUCUUUGCCCCUUCUCAUACUGAAGUAUGUAUCUGGGGGUACUCCAUUGUCGUUCUCAAGCUUUUUUCUUCUAAAUUUGUGAUAAAAAAAAUGGUCUAUGUGGAUGGUGGUGAUGAUGUUCGAUUGAUCAUCUGAAGUUUAUCCUUGUGUGCAAAUUAUCCAAAAAAAACAGCGUCUUCCCCAAUCCAUGUGUUCAAUCUCUUGAAUUUUACUUGGUUUAUGCUAACAGUUUGUCUCUGUCCUUUUAUGAAAUCGCCCUGGUUGUA